AUGGUGGCAAGGGUGUGGUCGCUGGUGAGGUUUCUCAUCAAGGGCAGCGUGGCAGGGGGCGCGAUCUACCUGGUGUAUGACCAGGACUUGCUGGGGUCCAGCAACAAGAGCCAGGAGGCCCUUCGGAAGGCGGAAGAGGUGGUCCCGCCAGCCGUGUACCAGUUCAGCCAGUACGUGUGCAAGCAGACGGGGCUGCAGAUACCGCAGAUCCCACCUCCUCCAAAAUUUAACUUUUCCUUCCGGGACUCCUGGAAUUCAGGUAUUAUCACCGUGAUGUCAGCACUGUCGGUGGCCCCCUCCAAGGCCUUCACCUACUCCCAGGAGGGCUGGGCUUAUGUCAAAGAACGUGCCAAGGAACAUUCCAAGUAG